AUGGCGCCAACAGCCCACACGCCGGGGAACGAAGACAACCCAAACCCUAAUCAAAUUCCCUUGCAGGAUCUCUCGGGAUACGAUGGCUCUGCCACAAAUCGCGGAAGACGCCGUGCUGAUAGCGCCGGAGGUGGUCUGUUCUCGCGACGUUCAUUGAUGAGAGGAGGAGGGUCGCGAAGACAAUAUGAAAGUGUUGCGGAGGACUCGCCGGUUGAAUUCACUGGUGCGAUCAGGCAGGAUUCUCAAUCGAGACACAAUAAAUAUGACACUCGUCAAUCCGACGAAAUUGCCCCCGAAGAUCUGGCGCAAGCGAUGUUCUUCGGUGCAACGUUUGAUAAAUCGCAUCCCUCGGUGAGCCGAGACGGACCGCUCUCGACACACCAUUUCGACGACGCGGCUUCGGACCUUGACACUGUACCGCUCGACACAUGGCCCGCGCACGGCCACAGCGGUGGUUACGUACCACCUCAUGUCGAAGAGGAGGACGAUACAGCGGGAUUGACGGACCCUCGUUAUUUACAGCCCAUCAGCGGCGCGCCGGGGGGAGAUAGUCGACGGAGUAGCGACAUGGGUCUUCAUUCAAUCUCAACACGGCCCGCCGCGCGGCUAGGCGAUGAUUUGCCACACCUGGAGGAAGGUCUAUCACGAAGCCGGGGUAGCAGUGCUCGCACACGAUCGCAGUCGCCCUCUGCAUCCGGUGCUGCUCUCCAGCGAGCGAGCUCUAUGGUGAAGUCCAUGUCUCAACGAGUGGUGAAUUUGAGUAACGAACCCGAGGUGAUCGCGCAUACAAUCGAGAAGGAGGAGUCACAACGAAAUGCCCGAAUGGAGGGGCCCCCUAUGCUUCCUGCAAUGUCCGAAUACGCUCAUGAUUCAUCCCACAGUCCCCAAGGGCGCGGAAAGCGUGGCGCACGCAAGGCGUGGCGGCAACGCAACAAUCCGUUUCGUGGCAGGUCGCUCGGUAUCUUGGGCCCAGACCAUCCGCUUCGGUUAUGGCUCUGUGAUGUGCUUGUCAAUCCAAUUAUGGAGCCUCUCAUCUUGGUCCUUAUUAUCGUCCAAACCGUCCUUCUUACUGUUGAAUCGUCGAAAUCCGUAUUUGAUCGACCACGAGCGGUCCGCUGGGGAAGCAGCUCAAUGGACUUUGUCUUCCUCGGCAUUUUCUCUAUCUAUACAUUGGAAAUUGUCGCCAAGAUCCUGGUCUCUGGCUUCUUAUUCAAUCCCACAGAAUACAGCACUCUCGACCGGUCUCUGGGUAUCCGAAAAGCGAUUUCUGAAAAGGGCAAGAACCUCAUCACGCCUCACCGGCAAGGAACGGUGAGAAAGGUCUCAUUCGCUCAGCCAGAACCACAGAGCUCCAUUCUCCGCUCAUUUACCGGGAUGAAUGAACUGGACACACACAACAGUGUUUAUGACGACCCUCUUCAUAAGCGCCGUGAACGGCUUGCUCAUCGGGCUUUCCUCCGUCAUUCAUUCAAUAGAUUGGAUUUUGUCGCCGUUGUGGCUUUCUGGGUUUCCUUUCUCCUUUCUCUAGCCGGAGUCGAGUCAACCCAUCAGUUGUACAUCUUUCGAAUGCUCAGUUGCCUCAGAAUUUUGCGGCUACUUGCCCUCACCAAUGGCACAUCUGUGAUUUUGAGGAGUCUCAAGCGUGCUGCUCCUUUACUCGUUCAUAUUUCAUUUCUCAUUGGGUUCUUUUGGCUUCUCUUUGCUAUUGUCGGUAUCCAAAGUUUCAAGUCAAGUCUUCGACGAACCUGUGUUUGGAUAGACCCCACGGGUCAGAGCAAUUACUCUUCCGGGUCUCAGUUCUGCGGUGGAUACCUUGAAGGUGGCAUUGCGAUGCCAUGGCUGGAUUCAGUUGGUAGUCCUUCUUUAUCCGAUCCGAAGGGAUACAUUUGCCCGCAAGGCUCUGUCUGCAUGGAAGGAGAAAACCCCUUCAAUGGCACCCAGAGCUUCGACAACAUCGUACAGUCUUUGGAACUAGUUUUUGUCAUUAUGAGUUCCAACACCUUCACUGACCUGCUGUAUGAUACAACCGACAGCGACUACCUUGCGGCAGCUUUGUUCUUCGUUGCAGCAUUGAUUAUCCUCAGCUUGUGGUUAGUCAACCUGCUGGUUGCGGUUAUCACCCAUUCGUUCCAGGUGAUUCGUGAAGAAAGCAAACGCAGUGCAUUUGCGAUCCAGAAUAUCGAUGGAGUCGAUCACGAUGAAACUCAGGCACCAAAAGUCAACACUUUGAAACGAAUGUAUGACAAGACAGAAUGGUUAUGGGUUGGCUUGAUUUUCUUCGAUCUUGUGGUCCAGGCCCUAAGAAGUUCGUCCAUGUCAGAGGAUCGUGCUCGGUUUAUUGACAACACUGAAACGGUGGUGACUCUAAUCUUCUUGGCCGAGAUUAUUGUGCGAUUCGCGUCGGACUGGCGAGUCUUCUUUCAAAAACGUCGUAACUGGUUCGAUCUCUUCCUUGUGAUUGUGACCUGCAUCAUCCAGAUCCCUCCGAUUCGCAAUUCAGGCCGUGCUUACACCGUUCUUUCCCUGUUUCAAAUUCUCCGGGUCUACAGGUUUGUCUUGGCGUUCUCUGUGACCAGAAAGUUGAUUAUGGUCGUCUUUGGUAAUGCCGUUGGUCUGCUCAAUCUUACAUUCUUCCUCUUCCUAAUGACCUUUCUUGCCUCCAUCUUCGCAACCCAGCUCUUCCGAAGCCAGAUUCCCGCCGAGGAUGGGGAUGGCAAUGAAAUCACCAUCACCUUUGCUGAUAUUUACAACUCCUUUCUUGGCAUGUAUCAGAUUCUCUCCAGUGAGAAUUGGACUGAUAUUCUGUACAAUGCUACGACUUACACCGUGGGCUUCAACACUGCUUGGAUCUCAGCUGCAUUUUUCAUCAUGUGGUUCAUUGUGGCGAAUUUUAUCAUUUUGAACAUGUUCAUUGCUGUCAUUCAAGAGAGUUUUGAUGUUUCGGAAGAUGAAAAGCGAAUGCAGCAGGUGCGAGCAUUUCUGGAACAGAAACAUGUCGGCGGAAAUGCGAAGGGCAAUCCCGCUCUAUCCAAAAUUCUCCGUCUCGGGAGAGGCUCUGACCGAUACAAAGAUCCCUUGGAUCAUGGUCCAGCAGCCAUGGAAAUGCUACUGAAAGACGCUGUUGUGCGCGACUUUCUCGACGAAGAAGAAAACAAAACACUUCAGAUAAAUCACCGAAGAGUGAACACCAUAUUUCCCGAAAGUGCAAACCAGGAAACCGUCGAGCCUGGCAUGCUGUCCCGAUUGUGGACCAAGGCAACAUCCCUCGUGCUUGGCCGUGAACCAAACCCCUUCUAUUCGAGGCUGCAAUUCUCCCGCGCCUAUGAAGAACUGGAUCCACGAACGAUGGCAAAAGAGGUUGCAUCCGCAGCCGAAGCUAGGAAGCGAGCUCAGCGAGAGUAUCUUGUUAAGCACCCAAACUACAACAAAUCCCUUUUCAUCUUCUCGCCGAAAAAUCCCAUCCGCAAGAUUUGCCAGCGAAUUGUCGGACCAGGACGAGGUAAUCAGCGAGUGGAAGGCGUCGAUCCUUACAAACCCACGUGGUAUGCAUUCUCAGCAUUCAUCUAUGCCGCAAUUGUCGCGAUGGUACUUCUUGCCUGUAUCACGACGCCUUUGUACCAACGGCAAUAUUUUCGCACGGACCGCAAUUGGUUUGUCUACACUGACCUCGGCUUUGCUGUGAUCUUUACGGUCGAGGCCCUCGUCAAAAUAAUUGCAGAUGGGUUCUUCUGGACCCCCAAUGCCUUCCUCCGCAGCUCCUGGGGCUUCAUCGACGGCGUUGUCUUGCUGACACUGUGGAUCAAUGUUGGGAGUUCUCUGAAAAAAGACUGGAACGUGUCUCGCGCGAUUGGUGCCUUUAAAGCCCUCAGGGCACUUCGCUUGUUGAACGUCUCCGAUAGCGCCAAGGAUACCUUCCACUCGGUCAUUAUUGUCGGUGGGUGGAAGGUCAUUGCCGCAGCAGCUGUUUCCAUGAGUUUUCUGAUUCCGUUUGCCAUUUAUGCCGUCAAUCUUUUCAAUGGGCAAAUGGUUUCUUGCAACGAUGGGGAUUUCGCGGGGAACCUGACGGCUUGUGUCGGCGAGUACGCUAGCACGCCCUACAAUUGGGAUGUCUUAGCGCCACGGGUGACCGCUAAUCCUUACUACGACUUUGACAACUUUGGCAAUGCACUUUUUAUCCUAUUCCAGAUCGUGUCUCAGGAGGGAUGGAUCGACGUGCAGGAAAGUGCGAUGCAGAUCACCGGCAAAGGACUUCAACCCCAGGAUGGGAGUGCGAGGGAGAACGGUAUUUUUUUCGUUGUCUUUAACUUACUCGGUGCUGUCUUUGUGUUGACACUUUUUGUGUCUGUGUUCAUGCGCAACUAUACCGAACAAACUGGUGUUGCAUUCCUCACCGCCGAACAGCGAUCGUGGCUGGAAUUACGAAAGCUGUUGCGACAGAUCUCGCCAUCAAAGCGAUCCUUCCACGACAAAAGUCACAAGUGGCGCUUGUGGUGCUAUCGCAUUGCUGUGAAGAAGCAUGGGCGUUGGGCACGUCUUAUGACGUGUACCCUUAUCGUGCACCUCAUGCUUCUGGUACUCGAGUAUUAUCCUGAACCGGAUUGGUGGGUCACGACUCGGAGUGGCCUGUUUUUUGUUUUCGUUCUCGUCUACAUCAGCAACACUCUAGUCCGAUUGAUUGGUCUGGGAUGGCAUCGAUUCAGCAGAAGCUCAUGGGAUCUUUUCUCGCUGAUUGCUGUGCCAGGCGCAUUUGUCACGAUCAUUCUCAACUUCGCGAUGUCAUCCCAGGUUGUGCUCGAGUUGAAUAAGCUGUUCCUGGUCUCAAUCGCGCUCUUACUGAUCCCGCGAAACAAUCAGCUGGACCAGCUUUUCAAGACCGCGGCAGCCAGUCUCCCCGUGAUCGGGAACCUUUUGGCUACUUGGUUUGUCCUGUUCCUGGUAUUCGGGAUCGCCAUGAAUCAGGCAUUCGGCCUGACCAAGUUUGGCUCACAAGAAAACCACAAUAUCAACUUCCGUGACGUUCCAAAGGCCUUGAUUCUCUUGUUCCGUGCGAGCUGCGGCGAAGGCUGGAAUGAAAUCAUGGAAGAUUACGCCACGAUGGUCCCGCCGUUCUGCACAUACGACUCUAAUUUCCUUGAUGAUGACUGCGGCAGCGCCGCCUGGGCUCGAACUCUGUUCAUCAUGUGGAACAUCAUCAGCAUGUACAUUUUCGUCUCGCUCUUUGUUUCUCUCAUUUUUGAGAGUUUCUCGUAUGUCUACCAACGCAGCAGCGGGCUCUACGUGGUCAGUCGGGAGGAAAUCCGCCGGUUCAAACAGGCGUGGGCGACAUUCGAUCCCAACGGGACAGGCUAUAUCUCCAAGGAGCAGUUCCCGCGCUUACUCGGGGAGCUGUCGGGUGUCUUUGCCAUGCGCAUCUAUGAUAACGAAUUCACCGUGGGAGCGAUUCUGGACCAAUGUCGACAAAGUCCUCGUGACUCGGUGCAUUCUCUUCCAUCCACGCAUAAUGCCAUACCCAUGCGGUCGCGAGACUCGCUUCAGUCGCUGCGUCCGAUUGGUGAAAAUCCUCUCCCUACCGGUGUUGAUUUGCAGAAGUUGUCUCAGAUCAUCGCCCGUAUUCCGGUGCAAACCAUCCGCGAACGUCGCCAACGUCUGAACACGUUCUAUGAAGAGAUUCUUGUCUCGGCAGAUCCGGAGCGUGGCAUCUCUUUCCAUCAAUGUCUGAUGAUCCUAGCUCAUUACAAUAUCAUCAGCGAUAGCAAGAGUCUGCGACUGGAAGAAUUUCUGCGUCGCCGGUCUCGACUUCAGCGAGUGGAGGAAGCGGUGCGCCGGAAUACCGUGAUCGGCUUCUUCGACACCCUUUACUGGUCACGCGAAUUCCGCCGCGCCCUCGAGCGCAAGAAGUCCGGCCGCAUGACCGCUGUGCCGCAGUUCACGGUUCCCGAGAUUUAUGUGGAGGAUCCGGUCGAGGAAGACGCCGAGGAGCACGCCCCCGGUGCCAUGACCCCACAGAAUCCGAUCGACGCCGACCCGCCAUUGCCGCCCAUGCUCUCCCCUGCCUCGACCUCCCGGAGGCGAGCAGAGUCGGGCGCCAGUGGACGUCGCGCCGACCUGCCACGUUUAGAUACUAGCUUUGGAGGUCGCACAUCCGGGGCGAGCACGCCCACUGAGUGGUCCAGUAUCAGUCCGUCGCGCACUCCCCGUCGACUAUAUGGGGAGCGGGAUUCGUUUGAGACGAAUGAGCGGGACGAGUCAGUUCCACGGGCGGACCACUCACGUCAAAAUAGCGGUAUCAGUGUUCAGGAUGUGAUGGAUUCUCUUGACAAUUCCGCGUGGGGUGAAAGUAUUCGACGUAGCUUCACACAACGGCGAUCCGGUGACCGAACGAGUGAACACUGA